AUGAGGAAAGUGAUGCCAGAAAUUGCGAUCACUCCGAAAAGCUUAUCUUCCCUGAGUGCUUCAACGAGUUCCAGGGAAGAGUCAAACCAAUUUUUUACUAAGAAAAGGCUGACAAGAUGCACGCAACAUAAAUUUCUAACGUACUCGCAACUUCCUGUAAGAUGUCAGAGACCCAGUCGGUACUAUCGUCCUCCGAGGACAUUUUUCAGAUUGGCUAGCUUUGCAACUAUUAAUCGAACAACUGCAAUUAACACGACGAAAAGUUGUCCGGAUAAUUCAACAUGCUCGAUAUUCCAUGCUGUUGAUACCUCACACUGCAAAAAGAGUUUAUCCAUGAUCGAUUUUUCAUCUUUAAUAAUGGAGGCUGAAAAUAGCGAUCUUAGAUCAGACAGUAGAUCAGACAGUAGCUUCAUAGAAAAGCUUGAAGAAAAUGAUAAAAUUAAGGACACCAUUAGCAACGAAAUGGGAAUCAGUGUUGGUAUCAGGAAGUGGAUGGACGGGUUCAUGACUUCAAAAUCGGAGGAAGCGUGUUGUCAGUUCUUUCAAAACCCAAAGAAAGCAGCGAAUUUGGUGUGUCAUGUACUUAUGUUAAAUGCUUGGAGACGUAGACGCAGCGAAGUUCAAUAUCUACAUGGCACAAUCGACGACUUGAGCCAACAGAUCGAACACCUGCAUCUACAAAUCGUUGUUCUGCGUCGAUUGCUCGACACGGAGAAUAUCCGUGUCAGUAAACUGACCAGCAACGUUCAUCGUGCCAAGAUCCAAUUUGACGAAACGUCAAAGGAAAAGAAUACGUUGAAAUUGGAAAAAGUAAAAAUGGAAAACGAGAUUAAGCGUUUGACCGAGCUUUGCGAGGAGAGGCUAGUCGCAGCGGAAAAUGUACAAAACGAGCUACUCACCGCACAAAAUCACCUUCAUGCGCUCGACAUGCAGAUGUCGAAGGAUCGAGAAAAACUGUUGAAGUUACGGGAAGAUAAAAGAAUACUUCUGGAAAAGGUGACGGCCAGCGAAACGUUAGCAACGGAACGAGGAAUGAGAGCAGACAAAGCUGAAUCAUGCAUGGAGGAUUUACAAUUGAAACUCGCUACGCAGACUGCUCUGGUUGAAUCUUCGCAGGAACAGAUAGAACGAUAUUCAAAAGAGUUAAAAGUUAAAGAAGAUGAGAAAAUCAAGUUGUUAAAACGUUUAAAAUCAAGCGAAGAUAUGGGGAGAAAUUUAAGCUUGCGAACAAUUUCUUUGGAAGCUCAACUAGUUGAUGGAGGGGUAGCCCUGGAACACAUGCAGGAAGCAUACAAUUCACAAUUAACGGAACUGCGUGAAUUGAAAGAACGUUUAAUGCGCCAAUCCCAAGAAGGGGGUUGGAGUAGUAGAAUGUUGCAAAUAGCUGGUAGUGUUGUACGAGCGCCGAGGGUUAUACUACGAACUUUAUUAUCGGGUCCAGUGUUAGCUUCUUAAAGAUAGCUUGUUGCUCUUGCUUACGCGUGAUUGCGCCAUGUUUCGAGUUUCAUGUUGGAACGAAGAGUUUAAAAAGAGGAAUUUCGAGGAUGAUGAUUGUUUGAUAAGGGAAUGGAGAAAGGGAAGAUUUUAUGUUUGAGUUGAGGGAGAAGAGUUAUGUGGUCGCGAGGAAAUCAAAGGGACAGAGAAUAGCGUCAAACUGAUAGUAAAUUCUCGGAUAUUUUAAUUACCAAAAUUAUUUUUUUUUAUUUAUAUAUUUUUUUUACUCUCUAUACUUUCUGAUGUUACGGACUUUAUAUACAUACGUAAGCAUUUAAAAUCAAAACGGGACGUAACACUUUAAAAUAUUUAACGAUUCUAUGUACAAUAUUGGAAACUAUCCUACUAAGUUAAGGAUGGACAAAUAAAUCUAGAUAUCAUGUAGUUUUUUUUAUCUAUAUUUUACACCUUUUUUUCAUGUAACAUGAUAAAGCGAUAAAAAUGAAAUACCGUCAGAAUCGCUCAGUUUGUUAUGGAAAAGUGAUUUCUUGUUAUGAAACAUCAACAAAUACAUUUGAUAACUGAUAAACAUGCAUAUAAAUGUAUGCACAGCAUAUAAUCGUAAUUCAUCAUAUUUUACAUAACAUUUAUAUAUACCAUUUUAACGUAGACGAAAUAAAUGUACGUAGUAGAGCGAUGCUAACGGUAUAUUAUUUUUUUCAAAAAACACAUUACAAUAGAUCGUAAAAUCUAAAUAACCACGUACGAGUGACACAAAUACGACGUGUCUGAUCACAUAUCUCAUUAUUGCGUACAUAAGUACAAGAUAAAAUUGAUCUUCGUUUUGUUCGAUAACAAUAUCGUUUCUGCGGUAUACUUCUUUUAGGCUUCAGCCAGCACAGUAUAGAUCCUUUCUCAUUUGAGGUUUUCGUACACGGUAAGCGAAGACACGGCAAAAAUUUCAGUGGAAGAUUCGUUCUUGUUAUCACAAAAUCACUUUAUAUUUGAGUACGUUGUGUUAGGUGUAAUUUUAUGUAAUCUUCUCGCUAGUCGAUCUAAAACAUUUUUUUUAUUGCAUAUAUUAAUUGCGACAACAAAUAACGAUGUCCUACAAUUUUGAGACUGGAUUCGGUCGUACUCGUCGAUUUACCACCUUAAAAUACCUUUUAAUGCGAUAUGAAAACGAAGAAAAGCUCAGUAUGUUUAUUUGCAAUUGAAGACAUUUCAUGUAAGCUAUAUGCUAUAGUUAACAAAAUUACAGACGAUAUUGCAUCUACAAAGAAAUCUAAAGAUUACUCACUGAUUUUGGUUGCAAGUAGUAGGUAAGAACUUAACUUACUUCUAUAAGUAAUAACUUACGAAAUUCAUUCAUCGAAACAUUGUUUCCUUAUUUAUUUCGUGUGCUUAGUGCGAUAUUCGAAGUAAAAAAGAAGAGAAAAAUACUGAUUAGGUGAAUAGUUUAAUAAACCUGACAACGACCUUCUCAAGCUUUACAAUGCACAUGCUAACUUUGACUAAUUCGGUAACUAUAAAAGAAUGUUUUAUUGCGUAUCGAUUAAAUUGUAGAAUUAAAUAUAUCAAAUCUGAUGGCUUGAGGAACGUGUACGUACCUAUUUUUAUGAGUAAUAAAAUUUACAAUAUUUUAAACUACAACAAAUCUUGAUACAAUAAAUUGAGCAAGAUGUUCCUGUAAGAUUGCUCUUUGCAUCAUCUCUUUAUAAAAACGUUACCACAAGCCAGUAAGAAUAUUAAUAUCGUCGUUUAUGUUUGGAAAAUAUAUCUGAUUGUUCUUGAUAAUCACUUGAUAGAAAACAAAAAGAAUAUGUUCAAAAA